AUUCAAAACAAAGUAAAGAAGUUUAUACAAAUUACGUAUUAUAACUUUAUCUGCGCACUUGAAAUCUGAGUAAUCUGACAAAAUUUUGAUGGGAUAUAUAUGUUAAGAAAAGCAUUAUAAAAAAUUGGUAGGAUACGUUUUAACAAGAAAUGGAAAUGAAUAGGAGUUAAGGUAAAGCAUUGAAGAAAUACAUACCGUACUGCGAAUUCACAUACUCAUGAGUGCGUCAUGUCUGACACACCUGAAGAAAGGACAUAUUACCUUCGAAGUAUUUUGAUGUAUAUGGACCUCACUAAGGAGACAAUUCUUAAAGUGUUCAGAUAUUUGAUAAAAUGUGAAGAUAUUGCAAACUUUUUAGAAUCAGUGGACAUAAAAAAGAAACUAAAGGACUUAUUCAAGAAUAAGAGUCUGAAGAAGACUGAAUAUAAUUUAGUUUCCUACCGUCCCAAUCCAGAUAAAUUUGAUAUAGCACUCCUAAUCAAACUGAUAUUUGGAUUAUGCAAAAAUGAAAUAGCUAGUCCUCACCUUGGCUGGAAAGCGAAACCUGAUCCUAAAGAUGAAUCUCUUGGUGCUGAUCUCAUUCGUUUGAGAAAUGUUAGGAAUACGUUAAUUGGCCAUCGAGCAGAUGCGAAGCUCUCUAAGGCUGAGUAUGAAAAGACAAGAGAUAAAGUGCAAGCUAUUUUAAUAAGGGUGAUCAAAAAUGUUGAUCCCAGUUCUAAGGAAGACAUAGAGAGGAGAAUUGAUGAGUACACAAAAUUAGUAGUAGAUACAGAGAAUACAAGGGUAAAGACGUACCUGGAUCAACUUCUUGAAUACAAAAAUGAAUAUGACAUAUUACAGGAUAUGGCUGAAGAAGAGAGCAAGAGAUCUCGAGAAUUUCAAGUGUAUUUUAAAACAACACCAGAGCGAUAUGUACGUUAUAUAAAACUUCUGUUUGAUGGUGGACGCCUUGUUUUGGGUGGGAUACUCGAGAGAGAAUUAGACAAGCAUGGCAGCAGUCUGGUUUCGCUGAUUUCUAACAACCGUGAAAUACUAGAAUCAAUGGUCGAUAAACAGUAUGAAAGUCAUCUUUUCCCAUUAGAGCCUGGCAAAAUGGAUCAUACAAAGUGGGAUGUCGAUCUUCUUGCAUCGUUGAUUUUGCUCGUAUUACCAAAUAUAAGUUUAGAUGAAAGCAGCAAAAUUGAGCUAAUAAAAGAUUCAAGACUUUGUUAUGCUAAGAACGCAUUACGCUCUCUAGACGCAGAUGAUUUUCU